CUCCAUUUCUCCCUACUCUUCUGUAGUUCAUUGAAUCAUUCUUGUUGCAUAUUUUCCUUCCUUCUUUUCGCGGCUUCGUUGGACUGAAAUAUGAAGCAUUGACGGCGACUCGGCAUCCCGAACUAUACCUCCGAUUGAUGCCCGCGAGCAUUUUCACACUCUUUAUUUUUUGAGCUCUCUUUUCUGACAAGUGCCUACUUGCUCCUGCAUUGAAAUUGAGCUGCUCUCGUGCUCAAGGAGCCAGAAAAGCAGUCCCUUCGAAGUAGGCAUUAUUGCACGAGCUACACUAUGAGCGACCCGGUAACAGAGUCGAUUUAUCAGAAAGGCGCCAUGCCUGAGGACAAGCCGUUCAGCGAAACCCCACGGAGGGCGGACGGAGUCUCCCAGCUGUACGAGGGCAAUGUUUUUGAUGCGACACCAGACGACCGUCGCCAGAUCGGCGUCGUCAGUGCGUCUUUCCUGAUCUUCAACCGUGUUAUCGGUACGGGUAUCUUUGCCACUCCGGCAACGAUUUUGGGAUUGUGUGGUAGUGUUGGUCUGUCGCUCUUCAUGUGGGUUGCGGGUACUGCCAUCGCCAUGGCAGGUACCGCGGUGUAUUUGGAAUGGGGUACUGCUAUUCCGAAGAACGGUGGCGAGAAGAAUUACCUCGAAUACGUCUACAGAAAACCCAAGUUCCUGGCUACGGCCAUGUUCGCUGCGUACGCCGUCUUGCUGGGUUGGGCCGCCAGCAACAGUGUUGUGUUUGGCGAGUAUAUCCUCAAUGCUGCCGAUGUGGAGGUCAAUCGGUGGAAUCAGCGCGGUAUUGGAUUGGCUUGUGUCACUGCUGCCUUCCUCAUUCACGCUCUUGCUGUGAAAUGGGGUCUCCGUCUCCAGAACUUGCUUGGUGUGAUCAAGCUGGUCAUUAUCGUGUUUGUCAUUGUUGCUGGCUGGGUGGCCCUAGCCGGUCAUACCAAGGCUGAGACGCCUCAUAACUUUAAGAAUGCUUUUGAGGGCACAACUGGCAGCGGUUAUGGUAUUGUCAUGGCGUUGUACAACGUCAUCUGGUCGUUCAUCGGAUACUCCAACGCCAACUAUGCUCUGAGCGAGACGAAGAACCCUGUACGCACGCUGAAGAUUGCGGCGCCGAUCGCUAUCGGAUCCGUGGGCAUCCUCUACAUGCUGUGCAACAUCGCCUACUUUGCUGCCGUGUCCAAGGAAGAUAUGCUCUCGUCGGGCCAAACUGUGGCAGCCAAAUUCUUUGGGAACAUGUUCGGUGCUCGUGCUGAGAAGGUGAUGUCGGUCUUCGUGGCAUUGUCGGCUUUUGGAAAUGUGUUGUCCGUGAUCUUCUCUCAAGGACGAAUUGUCCAAGAACUUGGUCGUGAGGGUGUUUUGCCCUUCUCGGGGCUUUGGGCGAGUAACAAGCCGUUCCACUCGCCAGCUGCCGGUCUGUUUGAGCACUGGGUCGUCUCGGUCAUCAUUAUGCUGGCUCCCCCGCCGGGUGAUGCGUACAAUUUCCUGCUCAACCUGAUCUCCUAUCCUCUAUCCAUUGUGAACGUCUUCGUGUCCGGCGGUCUUAUCUAUAUCUACCUCACACUCACCAUCUUCUUCUUCCUAUCCAACAUAUACCUGGUCAUUGCACCAUACAUUCCGCCCUCGGAGGGACAGAGUGUUUACGAAGAACUUCCCUACUACCUCCACUGUGUCGUGGCGCUCGGCAUCUUUGCCUUGGGCGCGAUAUACUAUGUGGUGUGGGCGAUUCUGAUGCCACGCUUUGGUCGCUACAUGCUAGUCAAAGAAACCGUGGUUGACGCUGAUGGCUGGUCCAGAAGCGUUUUCACUCGACUGCCGCUCGCGGAAGCUGAGCGAGUUUGAUCUCUCUUUUUGAGUCUCUCUUGUCAGCCAAGCGGCGGCAGAUGGGAUUCUCCGGUUACGACGACAUGAUUCAACAUCUUGCCUUCAUGGCAUAAUUUUAAUGUGUAUAAAGGGACGAACUGGAUACCCUGGUAUAUCUUCGGAGUUUGGAGGCAUUUAAUAGACAGCAUUCAACAAGCAUCUUGAAUUUUUGUUGCACAAAUAGAUUUACAUAUUUCACAAGUACCCCAAU